GCUGCAUUCAUCUUCGGCAAGUGGAUACCAAAGCGACCCAGGUCUGAGCGCCCAAGAUGGAUGAGAGGCCAGUCGUCGUCGACAAUGGUACGGGAUUUGUCAAGGUCGGCUAUGCCGGCUCUAACUUCCCCGAGUUUGUCUUCCCGUCCAUCGUCGGACGACCUAUCUUGCGAGUCGAGGAGCGGGAUGCAGCAGCAGGUGAAAUCAAGGACAUCAUGGUGGGAACCGAAGCGGAGGAGUUCCGAAACUACCUUCAGGUCACCCAACCGAUGGAGCACGGCAUUGUCAAGGACUUUGCUGAUAUGAGGCAUGUCUGGAACUACACAUUCGAUGAGAAGCUGCGCAUCGAUCCGAGGGGUCGCAAGAUUCUCUUGACGGAGCCACCGAUGAACCCGAAGCGAAACCGAGAGGAGAUGUGCCAGAUCAUGUUUGAGGAGUAUGGCUUCGAAGGCGUCUAUGUCGCCAUCCAGGCCGUCCUGACUCUGUACGCUCAGGGUCUUCAGACUGGUGUUGUCGUCGACUCGGGAGACGGUGUGACGCAUGUCGUGCCUGUGUACGAAGGUUUCGCGCUGCCCCAUUUGACGAAGCGGCUCGACGUGGCUGGCCGCGAUGUGACGCGGUACCUGAUCAAGCUACUUCUCCUUCGCGGCUACGCAUUCAACCGGACGGCCGAUUUCGAAACGGUUCGGCAGAUCAAGGAGAAGCUUUGCUUCAUGAGCUACGAUCUCGACCUCGACAAGAAGCUUGCAGAGGAGACGACGACGCUUGUCGAGAGCUACACGCUUCCCGAUGGCCGCGUCAUCAAGGUUGGUUCGGAGCGCUUCGAAGCGCCGGAGUGCAUGUUCCAGCCGCACCUCGUCGAUGUCGAGCAGCCCGGCGUGGCCGAGCUUCUCUUCAACACGAUCCAGUCGGCCGCUGUCGACACGCGCUCGGAGCUGUACAAGCACAUUGUCCUCAGUGGAGGCUCGAGCAUGUACCCCGGCCUCCCCAGCCGUCUCGAAAAGGAACUCAAGCAGCUCUACCUCACACGCGUGCUCAACGGCGAUGGAAACCGGUUGAAGAACUUCAAGUGCCGCAUCGAAGACCCGCCGAGACGCAAGCACAUGGUCUUCCUCGGUGGCGCCGUACUGGCCGAUAUCAUGAAGUCCAGAGACUCAUUCUGGAUCUCGAGACAGGAGUGGUACGACCAAGGACCACAGAGCUUGGAGAGGCUGGGCAGGCACGCUUGAUCUGUUCAUUGUCGCUCUCUCACUCAACCGCUUCCUUUGGCUCGUCAUCCAUCGCGCUAGAUUGCAUUUAUGGUAGAGAAAAAGGGAAUGAAAAUGUGAGAGGUAUGUUUGUCGUAAGAAAAGGUGGAAAAGAAGUUGCUU